AUGAGCGCCAGUGAAGCAAAGAAAAUCACUUUAAAGAGCUGCGACGAUGUCGAGUUCAAAGUUGACAUACGAGUCGCAAGUCGCUCCAUCUUGCUCAAAAAUAUGAUCGAGGACGUCGGUGAAACCGACCAAUCGAUUCCCUUGCCUAACGUAAACGAAAGAGUUUUAAAAAAGGUUCUCGAAUGGUGUGAGCAUCAUAAAGAUGAUCCUCAGCCAGCCAUGGAGGACAGCGACACCCGCAGGAGAAAUACCGAAAUCGAUGAAUGGAAUAAGAAAUUUCUUGAAGUGGAACAGGAUAUGUUGUUUGAGAUUAUCUUGGCCGCAAAUUACCUGGACAUCAAACAACUUCUCGAUAUCGGCUGCAAAACUGUCGCUAAUAUGAUCAAGGGAAAGACACCGGAACAGAUUCGGGAAACCUUUAAUAUUCAAAACGACUUUACUCCAGAGGAGGAGGAACAGAUUCGUAAAGAAAACGAAUGGGCUGAGGAUCGAUAA